AUGAACACAAACGAUCUGCAGCACGCAUUCAAAAUUCUUAAAGAUCUUCUCAGCGACUCUACCUGUUUAGCACAGGACGCCAAGGCACAAGAUGGAGUUAGACAAUUACAAAAGCUUGAAACAGAGAGUUGGAAAAUAACCGAAGCGGAGAUGAGCCGAUUACUGAAAAAUGCACAGGAGACGCUAAACGAGGUACAUAAGGUCGCAAGUGUUUCGAUAACCGAGAUGAAAACAUUUCUUGAACAGUUUUACAAGAGGCAAAGUGAAGAGGAAGAGGCCAUCUGCUCUCGUGAACAGUUUUACAAGAGGCACAGUGAACAGGAAGAGGUCAUCUACUCUCGUGAACAGUUUUACAAGAGGCACAGUGAAGAGGAAGAGGUCAUCUACUCUCGAGAUGUUGAAGACUUUACCAGGCAUUUAAUAAGCCAUUACAACAACACGUUCGGUCAUAUUCCAAUAUCACCUUUGUUACCAAAUCGGGACGUACCGUUUGAUGCAUUAUUUACGACGCCAUCGAUAUUUCGAACAGUUAGAAACCAAGAUGGAACUACAAGUGAAACAAAGGUAACACAAUACGCAGACCUCUUGGCAUGCAAUUUCAUAAACAGACAAGUUUUUUUGCAAGGUGAAGCUGGCAUGGGUAAGACUACAGUCGCCGCUAAAUUAGUGCUUGACUGGUGCAAUGCACAGAAUGGACCACCAUCUUUUCACGGAGAGAACUCAGCAUUCGCUGAUAUAGCCACGCUAAAACAAUUUAAAUGCGUCUUCUUUAUUAAAUUGGGAGAUCAUAGUGGUACGAGUGAUGUGACCGAAAUAAUCCAGAAACAGAUAAUAGACAGUAUAUAUACAUCCACCGGUCGCAAUGACGCGUAUAAACUUCUAAAUGCAAUUUUGGAAAGGGACAAAUGUUUACUGAUUCAAGACGGACUAGACGAAUGGACAUCAGAUGAUAGUCGAUUAGUCCAACCAUUCAUGGUUGCAUCUCACAGCCGUUGUGCAGUGUUAACUACGUCACGGUCAUGGAAGUUAACUGACGAACGAAUUAAGGAAUCGCAAAUCGACAGUCUACUAGUACUGAAAGGAGUAAAUGAUUCUAACAGAAUGAGUAAAAAGAUGCUGCAUUUGCUUAUGCCUAAGGAUGACAUUGAUUCCAAGCACAAUGAAUUCUUACGUGACCUUGAUACAUUUGCGAACAAUAUUGACCAAAUGCUGGUGUCACCUUUGCUUCUUUCGCUGAUAGUGUGCUCUUGGGUUGAAGGUAAUCGCUUGACAAACUCACGAUGCAAAAUAUAUAGCAUUUUGAUAGACGGUCUUUUCAAAAAAGUUAGCUUAAAGCGAGUCUAUUUUGUAAAUCAAACAUUCACGUGUUUGAAGAACACACACUACAUCCAACAACAUAUAAAAUAUCUAAAAGUGUUGUCUAAAAUUGCAUUUCUGAUGUUUGGCGUAAAAGAAGAAAUAACCGACCGUGAAUUGUUAAAACAUUUAACAAGCAAGCAGAAGUUAUUUGCCCUAAAUGUGGGUAUUUUAACAGAAAGAAAAUGCGUGACUCCUACUUACACACCAUCCAUGUUCAAAUUCAUUCAUAAAAGUGUGCGUGAAUUUCUGUGUGCUUAUUAUAUAGCUUGCAACCCAUCCGCAAUAUCGAGUAUUUCCAAUAAAAUUGCUGAUGGUAUUGACGCUGUUAACAUUUUAGCUGAUGUUUUCAUAUUUUUGUGUGGACUAAAGAUAAGUUCAGCCAAUCGAAUAUCGCAAUUACUAGACAAUAUAAUUAAUUCUCACAAUAUGAUUAAUAUUACCCAGAGCCAGUUCGACAAUAUACAGUCAAAAAUCACACAAGGUUUUGCAGAAGCUAAAUCAAACAUACAGAAUGAGGAGAACAUACAAUUUACAUUCAACUAA